AUGCAGAUAUUCGUCAAGACUCUGACGGGUAAGACCUUGACGCUGGAGGUUGAGCCCACCGACUCUAUCGAGACCGUUAAGGCCAAGAUUCAGGAUAAGGAAGGCAUUCCUCCGGAUCAACAGCGCUUGAUAUUCGCCGGCAAACAAUUGGAUGAUGGCCGCACUCUUUCGGAUUACAACAUCCAGAAGGAGUCUACCAUCCACCUUGUCCUCAGACUCAGAGGCGGUGGUGUCAAGAUUGAGCCCACCCUCGCCCAACUGGCUCGCAAGUACAACUGCGAAAAAAUGAUUUGCCGCAAAUGCUACGCCAGACUUCACCCCAAGGCAACCAACUGCCGCAAGAAGGCCUGCGGCCACUCCUCCCAGCUCAGACCCAAGAAGAAGCUUAAGGACGUAAAGGGCUAA